AUGGGUUGUGUCAAUAGUACUGAUCAAAACGCCAAAGCAAGAUCGAAACAAAUCGAUGAACAAUUGAAGGCUGAUGGAGAACGAGCGUCCAGAGAAGUUAAAUUAUUGUUGUUAGGGGCAGGAGAGUCUGGGAAAAGCACUAUUGUAAAGCAAAUGAAGAUCAUUCAUGAAACUGGUUAUAGCGAUGAAGAACGAAAGGCUUACAGACCUGUAGUUUAUUCAAAUACUAUACAAAGUAUGAUGGCGAUAAUACGAGCUAUGGGACAACUGAAAAUAGAUUUCGCAGUGCCCAUACGAAAUGAGGAUGCUCGCCAAUUUUUUAUGCUGGCACAGAGUUGUGAUGAAGGGGAGUUACCGCCUGAGUUAGCUGUUUGUAUGAAACGUUUGUGGACAGAUCCAGGAGUCCAGGAAUGUUUUAUGCGCUCCAGGGAAUAUCAGCUCAAUGAUUCUGCUCCAUAUUAUUUGAAUUAUUUGGAUAGGAUAGCACAACCUGGUUACGUACCAACGCAAGAUGAUGUUUUGAGGACGCGUGUAAAAACAACAGGAAUAGUUGAAACUCAUUUUACAUACAAGGAUUUGCAUUUCAAAAUGUUCGAUGUUGGAGGGCAGCGUUCGGAACGUAAAAAAUGGAUUCAUUGUUUUGAAGGUGUGACAGCUAUUAUAUUUUGUGUUGCGAUGUCUGAGUACGAUAUGAGGUUGGCGGAAGAUGAUGAGAUGAAUCGGAUGGUCGAAAGCAUGAAACUAUUUGACUCAAUAUGCAACAAUAAAUGGUUUACGGACACAUCCAUAAUAUUAUUUUUAAACAAGAAAGAUCUUUUCGAAGAAAAAAUCAGAAAAUCACCUUUAACGUUAUGCUUUCCAGAAUAUAUUGGUACAAACACGUAUGAAGAGGCUGCUGCUUACAUACAAUUACAGUUUGAAAAUUUAAAUAAACGCAAGGAUGGUCAAAAAGAAAUUUAUACUCAUUUCACGUGUGCCACAGAUACAAACAAUAUACGUUUUGUUUUUGAUGCUGUAACUGACAUCAUUAUCAAAGAGAACCUACGACAGUGUGGUUUAUUUUAG